AAUCAAAGUUUUGUGACCGUGAAUGAUCGACUUUUUCGUAUUUAUUGUCUAAAAUAACAUCUCUUCAUGCACAGCUCAGCUCUGCGAAUCUUUAGACGGUUUCACGAACCGAAAUUGCUAGGCACUGCAGCUGAAGUAAAGACGUGUAUAGAUUCACUCUUUAUCAGACACAAAGUGGAAAUAGCAAUGUUGGACGACGAAAAGUUGAGAGACUUGGAUAUUCCUACACAAGAGGAAAUUAAUUCGCUAUCUUGGCUACGCACUGUGGCUCCUGCUUUUCCAGUGAAUGGCUCAAAGGUUAUUAUAAUUCACAAGCCACAAGCAUUCUAUAGUAUUUUGUUAGAAAAAUGCAGACAUGCUAAGAAGAGAAUCACAUUUGCCUCCUUGUACUUGGGUACUGGCACCUUGGAAACCGAACUGGUGAAUGUCAUAGAGCAAGCAAUUAGCACGAAUGGCGGCAAUAUCGAAGUACGGAUCCUACUAGAUUAUAUGAGAGCUUCCCGAGGUAAGCAGAAUUCCCGGAAGAUGUUGGAGCCACUACUUAAAGGUAAAUACGGAGAUUGUUGCAAAGUCUUCCUCUAUCAUACGCCAAAACUACGUGGUGUGAUGAAAGCAGCAAUCCCAGAUCGCUUUAAUGAACUCAUCGGUUUGCAACACAUGAAGCUGUAUAUGAUCGAUAAUGACUUGAUCAUUAGCGGGGCGAACCUCAGCAAUGAUUACUUCACAAAUCGACAGGAUCGAUACUUCAUUAUAGAAGAUUGCGAGGAGCUUUGCAACUUUUAUAAUAAAUUGGUUGAGAAAAUAAUGGAGUUUAGCUUUUUAUUACAACCGGAUGGUAAUACGAGUUUGAAUCCUGCUGCGAACUGUCAUCCUUACAAAGGAUUCGGGAAAGAUUUUACCCAAGAAGCAGCAUCCAAGAUACAAAUAUUUUUAUAUAAUGAAAUAGAAAAGAAUGCUGAUCUCAAUAAAGAUGCAGACACAUGGAUAUUCCCAUUAGUACAAAUGGGCCAGCUAAAUAUUUAUCAUGAUAGUGAAGUAACAUUGAAGCUUUUGCAAUCUGCUCCAGCAGGAGCCACACUCAAAUUAGCAACGGGUUAUUUCAAUUUGACUUCCAAAUAUAGUCAAGCUGUGCUUGGAGAUUGUCGAGCAACAUGUCAUUUUUUGACAGCACAUCCAACUGCCAAUGGUUUCUUUAAUGCCACAGGAAUUGCCGGAGGAAUACCAGCAGCGUAUACUAGAAUAGAGGAAUCCUUUUAUAAUUUAUGUGAGAGAAUGAAUCAGCAAAGGAGAAUAACGUUAUGGGAAUUUGUCAAACCGGGGUGGACGUAUCAUGCCAAAGGUCUUUGGUAUACUUUGCCAGAUCAGCAAAAGCCCUCGUUAACUCUUAUAGGCUCGCCAAACUUUGGUUACAGAUCGGUGAAUAAGGAUCUCGAGACGCAGAUAGCUAUAAUGACAAGAAACGAGAAAUUGCAAGAGGCGUUGCAUGAAGAACAGGCACGAUUGUUCUCCUGUGCUAAACCUGUUACGAGGAAGACUUUCUCACAACAAGAUAGAAUACCACCGGCCUGGGUAUGCGCGAUUGUAUUCUUCUUUCGCUACUAUUUUUGAAGCCAAAAUGCCUUUGUAAAAAAGCAAAUUCUAUAUGCUAAACUUAUUUAAUUUUAGUUGUAACAUAUUGUACAGUAAGUACAGGAUUCCGUAUUAACAUUUAAGGCAAUGACACACAAAAAAACUUAAGCAGUAAUAUGUAGGUAGUAAGAAAAUUAACAUUUCGGAUUUGUUUAUGUUAUUGCUUUACAUCUCUACUGUGAUUUGGUCUUUUCGCUUAUUGCUUAUUCUUACUGCUUUACGUUUUUUAUAUAUGUCAUAGAUUUUAGGACAAAUCCUGUAUUCUAAACUUAUUUAUGAUUCUAGCUGUAACAUAUUAUUAAGUACAGAAUUCCACAUUAAUAUUUAAUUAAUCGAACGAUGAAAAUAUCCACAUGAAUUUUUAUCAGACUUUUUAUUGUAUAGGAUUUGUCGUUCUGUAAAACAAUUUUUUAUAAAGGUUUCGUUUAUAAAUCAUGAUUUUUUUAUACAGAGAAUAAUAAAAUGUUCAAUUACGAAAUAUAGAGAAAGUUGGAUCUGAUAUUAGAAUUCUGAAUUCUAGGGGAUCUUUGCAUCUUUUAUAAAUUCUGCAAAUUUCAGAAAUUAAACUUCAUUUUGUAAGUAAUAAAUUAGCAUUUUAUUCUGUAAGUUUGCCGGCAAAAGUUGUGAAAUCGGUGACGCGAUUUUUUUGUGAGCUAUCCUGUAGGGUAUGUGAUAAAAUUUAAUAUUGCUACGAUGCCGACGCUUCUUGUGCAGCGUCGAAAAUAUGAAAAUUAUU